CCCCCCUUCAGCCUCCGCUUCCCAUGGCUAUUGGCUCAUCCAGCAAACUCUCAUUCUUCUCCCUUCCUUGGAUCCUUUCCAGAAAGGAACUCGGUCAGCUGAGCUCCGGAUCAGCCCCUGGCCCCUUCUCAUGCAACUUUGUUUUCUGUCUGAGCCACCAAGGAAAAGUCCCCCGGAGACGUGGACGUGUCCUCUAAGCUCCAUCCAGCUUGGCUCGGUGUGGAGAUGGAGUCUCAGGAAACCCCGGCGGUCCAUUACAGCCGAUGGACGGAACAAAGUCCGGAUGAAGUCAGCGUCAGCCCAUCGAACGCCGGAACCCCGGCCUGGAAAAGAGUCUACAACACGCUGUGUACCGGGAGGAUUGGGAUCCUCAUGAAGGUCCUGGCAGGACUGGCCUUGUUCUGGAUUAUAUUCAUCAUCGGCUACGUCACGGGUUACUAUGUACACAAGUGUAAGAAAGGGUAACAGGAAACCGGCCAAUGGGAACAUGAAGAUGGCGCCCUCUACGGGAAGACACAGGAAAUGUAUUUUUUAGGGGCUCACCUAUGAAGGGCGAGAAAAUGUCACAUUGAUCAGAAAAAUCAGCUUUAUAAAAUGACGGAUUCUUUUCUCCCCGGUAACAGAAGACUGGGGGGGGGGGG